CAUGUGCUUCCAGCCUGUUGGCUUUUGUUCCGAACAAUGCCACCGCAUUGAACUUCUUCAAGACUGGCGACUGGUAUUGUCGUUCCACUCUAGACUACUUCAUCUUCACUGAAGACCAGAAUUCUGGAGCGAAGAGUCGAUCAAAGCAAGGAAGGUAAUUGGUUGCUCUCCGAAGGCUUCACUGCAUCCUAAUCUAGAGAACUAGCUGUCUAGCUAUCUAUCUGGUGAUAGCAGAGAUCUCAAGCUUUGACAGGCCUGUGUCAACGGGUAUAUCUUGCCAUUCAGAGAGAUCAAUUUGUUGCAUUAUUUCCCACAAACUGAGCUGAAGGCAGGACGAUGAUUCAAUUAUCCUGCCCAAAGCUUCUCCUUGCUGGCCUUUUCCUGUGCUUUCUUUGGGCCGGCAAUGAUAAUCAACGAGUGCAAGCAGCAUUUUUGUCCCCGCGACAAUCAGUAUCCAGGCAACAAUUUGCUACACACUCUCCGUCAUUAUCAUCAUCUAAUCUUCAGGCGGGUCUCAACAGAGAAAAUGAAAUUCGUCGAAAGAUUGCCGAUCUCAAGCGUGAUGGCAAACUCAAGAACCAACCGUCGGUGCCACAAGACGAUGGAACACGAAAAAGUGCUACCCCUGUGGCAGAACAGUAUGGAACCAAGCUGAGAAACAAACUGGGAGCCAAAAAAGCCAAGCUGUUGGGUACCACAGUCGCGGGAGAAAUAGAUGAUGAUGAAGACGAGGCACUCCUUGCUGAAUUGGAUCAAGAUGACGACGAAGAAAUCACUACAACAACUGGGAGGCGGGAAGCCAGACUUGGUGCCUUGCCACGAGAAGUAGACGAAGAGGAAAUCGGCAGUUCCAACUAUGCGCCACCGUCAGCAUCUGAUUCCAGCAGUACCGAUGACUUCAAGAACUUUGAUGCAUCUCUGUUUGAGGAUGACAAUGACGAGGAAGAAGAGUUAUCAGAGGAAGAAUUAGUUGAAAUGGUAGCUGAAAAGCUGGCGGAAAAGCGACGACGAGAGCAAAAAGCAAAAGAAGCCAAGGCUAGCGAAAAUGCCAAGAGACGGCUCGCCGAAUUGCAAAAGGAGCAACUCGAGGCAAAUAAUCAGGGCUCUAGUAGUGGAAAGACAACAACUGGCAUCGGCGGUAGGUGGAUGAAAGAAGAUAAUGUGACUGCAUCUGCUGACUACAAGCCCAGUAAGAGUGGAACUUGGGGUGUCUUUGAACGACCCAAAGACAUCUCAAAAACGUUUGGAGGUGGUAAGCGAGUAGGGGCAGGAUACACACCCGACAAUCUGAACAAAAAGAAGGCAGAAGAGGCAACUCGUGACCGGUUAAAGCAGUAUCGAGAAAAGGUAGGCAUUGAUGUGCAAUCCGAGAAAGAUCAUGCAGAAGAAAUCGAUCAGGCACUGGCCAUUGGGCGGAGAGCCAUGGAGCGAGGAAUCUACGGGACAGCGGCUUCAGCCCUGGAGAAGGUCACCAAGUGGUGUUCGACCAACAGUGUUGUAGGUGGCAAAGUCUUUUUGGAACUUGCAAUGGCAUACGAGGCGGUGGGGCGUACACAAGAGGCCAUCACGGUCUACACGACGCUGUCCAAGAGUCGUAUUGAAGAAACAAAGUACAACGCCAAGCGUCUUCUGUAUGGCAUUGAAGCUAUGCAAUUCAUGCGGGAUGAGGCUCGAAGCCCAGAGUUCUCUCGCAAGAAGAUCCGAAACACUUUCAUCGAUACAACCGGAUUGGCCAACAUUGCUCAGAACUUUGAUGAUGUUUACAAUACGGCGUACAUUGACUUGGAUUCGGGGUAUUACCGUCGCCUCACUGAAAGUGUGGUCCGAUCCAACCGUGAAGCACGUCAGAUCCUUCUCAAAGCAACCGGAGCAGGUGAGGUACCACGGUUAAAGAUUGUGCAAGCUCUUCGAUCCAUCUCAAGGCACUUUGAUGAUGCCUUGGAACAAGAAAUCGAAAUGAAUAAACCUGCGCCGGAACCUGUUGCAUGGAUGGAUGGGAAACCCCUUGUGGUGGAACCAGAAAAGGACGACAUGGCUCUCAUCAUGACUGGAAUGGAUGAGUUUGCUCUGGCAAGUGCAGAGCAGAUGAAGGAGAACAUGGCGGGAGCGUGGCGGUUGCAGUUGUUGGCUGAUAAACGUGGGGAUGGAGUCAAGUAUUACAACACGUCCUAUUCCUGGCAAGAGCUCGACACAGAAUCGAUGACGUUCACUAGUUCUGGUGUUGCUGGAUUCCUUACUGUGGAACAAUCCGGAGGAAUUGAGUUUCAAGAAAAAAGGCGCAUCUUGACGCGAACAGACUUGGUGGUGUCCGGCACCGGUGGCGUCCUUUCCGGGUUCUUGGCCAAAAGUUCUGGAGCGUCUGGAGCGGUCAGCACUCCUCAUCAGGUCGUGUCUGUUGAUUCUGUCUUGAUGAUCACGCGGAUGGCGGCAACGAAGAACAAGAGACUGGAUGACUCAACGAAGGAGUAUUUUGCUGUUUGGAGACGCAUCGAAGAGCCCGGCGGCUCAGGCGAGGCUGCGCCGUAGUUCUCCACAGGCAGGCCAACGAAUAGUCAAAAGACAGGCCAACAACAUUGAAUGCUAUGUAUAAAACCACAACAUCGAACCAAUCAUUCCCGCACACCAAUUCACCAAAGAGCGUUUCGAAUGAAAGAAGGACUUGAGGACCUCCCAAGGGCCAUCGUACUGGCACCGAACAAGAGACCGCGACGAAGCAGCGUCAAAGUGCCACGAGGAUUCCCGCUGAAACCUGAACAUACUGUUAAAUUAGAGCACUCAUCAUUACGAUAGGUUCAAUCAUAUUUGCGGCAUCAGGGCAGCAGCUACAUGAACCAGACU